CAGUCUGAAACGCUCAACUUUCAGGAGUGCCUCGCAGCGUGCCGUUGGACACACUUUCCCCCACAAUAAGGAAUAUUUGUUGUAUCUCCCUUUUGGAAGCGCAGUUCCGUUGACAAUGACAUUUUUCUUCCCCUAAGCUCUUGCUCAGAAUUGAUCAAGAAAAUUGUAAUCAUUUUGGAGUGUUUUCUUUUUUCAUGUUCUGUUGAGUGCUCUCUGAGAGUCAUACGCACGUUGCUCUCAGGUGAAAAGGCUAUCGCUUCUGACUGUCCACCGGCACCAACAGCAUCGGGAUUUAAUGUUUUAAAUCGGGAGAAGAAAGUAGACGAGUGUUUUGGAAUUUGGUUAUUCAAUGACUUAUAUUAUUGGAUUUCAAGUUAUUUUCGGAGAGCUGUUGUAACAACCAGGGAUUCUGUCACCGUUCCUGGGCUUGCCCGAGGUGGUUUGACCAUGCAGCUGGACGCUCUGCGGACCGUCCAGAUCCUCCUGGCGCUGGCCGGCUUCGCUCUGGGGAAUCAGCUCAUCAUCGACCCGCUAGCCGCACCUCGCGUUACCAUCUCCUUCAAAGAGUUGACGGCCACUGGCACUGCCCAACAUUUCGCCUACCUCCUGAACACCUCGGACUACCGGAUCCUGCGCAUGGAUGAGGACCACGACCGCAUGUACGUGGGCAGCAAGGACCACAUCCUGUCCCUGGACCUGCACGACAUCAACAAGGCGCCGCUCAUUAUCCACUGGCCAGUGUCCCAACAAAGAAGAACAGAAUGCAUUCUCAGUGGGAAGGACACUAACGGAGAGUGCGGUAACUUCAUCCGUCUGAUCGAGCCGUGGAACCGCACCCACCUGUACGUGUGCGGGACCGGAGCGUACAACCCGGUGUGCACCUACGUCAACCGCGGACGCAAACCUCAGAACGCCAUGCAUCUGCAGAUGCCCCAGGCCGGAGGCAGGAAUAGCCGCUCAGCCGAGGCCACCGCGGUGCAUGAGACACUGGGACUGAAGGAAUACAUCUUCCAAUUGGAGCCCGGCAAAGUGGAUUCUGGGAAGGGAAAGUGUUCCUAUGACCCCAAGCUCAACAGCGUGUCAGCUUUGAUCAAUGGCGAACUCUAUGCCGGCGUUUACAUUGACUUCAUGGGAACAGACUCGGCCAUCUUCCGUACCCUGGGCAAGCAGACAGCGAUGCGUACUGACCAGUACAACUCAAGAUGGUUGAAUGACCCCUCGUUCGUCCGUGUGCAGCUUAUCCCUGACAGCGCGGAGAGGAACGACGACAAGCUCUACUUUUUCUUCCGGGAGAAGUCUUCUGAGAUGGGUCAGAGUCCUGUGACCCAGUCCCGCAUUGGACGCAUCUGCCUGAACGACGACGGGGGCCACUGCUGCCUGGUGAACAAGUGGAGCACCUUCCUCAAGGCCCGGCUCAUCUGCUCGGUGCCUGGGGCCGACGGGAUGGAGACGCACUUUGACGAACUACGCGAUGUGUACAUUCAGCCAACACAGGACACCAAGAACCCCGUCAUUUAUGGGGUCUUCUCCGUGUCCGGCUCGGUGUUUAAGGGCUCGGCGGUCUGCGUCUACUCCAUGGCUGACAUCCGCAUGGUCUUCAACGGACCCUUCGCCCACAAGGAGGGACCCAACUACCAGUGGGUGGCCUACAACGGGAAGAUCCCCUACCCUCGGCCGGGCACGUGCCCCGGAGGAACGUUCACCCCCAACAUGAAGUCCACCAAGGACUACCCGGACGAGGUCAUCAACUUCAUGAGGAACCACCCCACCAUGUACAACGCCGUGUACCCGCUCCACAAGCGCCCCCUGGUGGUGCGCACCAACGUGGACUACGAGUUCACCACCAUCACCGUGGACCAGGUGACCGCAGCCGACGGCAACUACGAGGUGCUCUUCCUGGGAACCGACAAGGGGACGGUUCAGAAGGUGAUAGUCCUGCCCAGGGAUGACCAGAUGACUGAGGAGCUGGUCCUUGAGGAGGUGGAGGUGUUUAAGGUCCCCACGCCGAUCACUACGAUGAAGAUAUCAUCCAAGAGGCAACAGCUGUACGUGUCGUCGGUGGAGGGCGUGACCCACCUGGCGCUGCAUCGCUGCGACGUGUACGGGGAGGCCUGUGCCGACUGCUGCCUGGCCCGGGACCCCUACUGCGCCUGGGACGGAAAGUCCUGCUCCCGCUACUCCGCCUCGCAGAAGAGACGGAGCCGUCGGCAGGAUGUCAAGUACGGGAACCCCAUCCGCCAGUGUCGCGGCUUCAACUCCAACGUGAAUAAGAACACGCUGGAGAUGGUGCAGUACGGGGUGGAGGGCAGCAGCACCUUCCUGGAGUGCCAGGCGCGCUCCCCGCACGCCCUGGUCAAGUGGCACCUGCAGAGGGACAACAGCGACCGCAGGAAAGAGAUGCGCUCCGACGGGAGGAUCCUGAAGACGGAGCAGGGCCUGCUGCUACGCUCCCUGCAGCCGUCCGACUCGGGCAUGUACCAGUGCACCGGCACCGAGAAGAACUUCAAGCACACGCUGGUGAAGAUGCAGCUGGUGGUGCUGUCGGGGCGGGCGGUGAACAACGUCCUGGUGGAGGGCGGGGGCGGCGCCGGGGGGGGCCCGGGGACGGCGCUCAUGUCCCCCAACGUGGGCCCCAACGCGGGCCAGUACAAGGACCUGCUGACCAUCCUGAGCCAGCCGGAGAUGGGCCUGAUCAACCAGUACUGCCAGGACUACUGGCAGCUGGGGGACCCGCUGCUGGGAUCGCUCAAGGCCAAGGACCUGAAGGAGCUCAAGGAGCAGAAGAAGCCCCGCAACCGCCGGCACCACCACCGCGCCCAGGAGCAGCGGCCCACCUUCUCCCUUCUCUACCACAGGUCCCUGGUGUUUCACAGGCUUCAACGGACCUUCAGGGACAUCUUGCUUCCAUCUUGGAUCUAA